UUGGUCAGUUGUGUAUGGAGCGAUGGCCUUAUGUCGACUGCUCGUCCAGUGAAUAGAUAAGAAGAGAGAGACCAUUGAUAGGGAGACAUGACUGACCAUCACGCCACAUUAGGAGUCAAGAGAGAGAAUACCUUCACUAGCAAUAGCUGCAGCCUCCAAUCCUUUGGCUGUCCCUCUCCUACUGAUAAAAGGUCACCUUUCCUUCUCUUAGACCCUCCAGUUAGUACCCCAGCCACUGGGAGGGAAGGAUUUGAUAUCGACAUGGACCUGGCAAAGUUCCUGGGGGACCCCGACAUGACAACACCAACUACCACAUGCAGUUCCAAUGGGAUGGACGGAUCGGAAUGGAACACCCUCUUCACUGAGACUGACCUGGAGGGACUGGAUGUGUUGGAUCCGAGCACUGGUGCCCCGGCCGGAGGAGGAGGGUCUAAUGGACUAACGGAUCAUCCUAGCUUUGUACCUGGACUGACUCCUGUCACCAGCUCUGGGUUUAAUGGCGGCCAUGUUGAACUACAACAAAACAAUAAUAAUGUGACUGACUCCAACUGGCUUAUUGAACAAAGUCAAAAACUUGAAAGACAACAGCAACUUCAACAACAGAAACUACUGGAACUGGAACAGACAUUAUUAAGGACAGAGAUACUAAAGAAUAGGCUUGAGAUUGUUAGUAACUUGAAGCAUGCCUCCCCAGAGCUCCAGUCCCAGCUCAUUGGUGUACUCUCCACCCGUUCCUCCUCCAUUGGGGGCGUGUCUACCACACACACUCAGCAGUCCUUGACCACGCCCACCAGUGUAGCACCAAGACUAGUGUCUCGUCCACAGACCAGUGUACCAGCGCCAGUAGUCCCUCGUUCUACUUCCCAAGUCGUUGCUCCAACUUCAUUGCCAUCACCUCCUGACUCUGAGCUUGAUGACUUCACUGAGUAUGGUCCUGGGGGUGUGGUCAAGAAGAAGAGCCACAACCUCAUUGAGAAGAAGUAUCGUACCAGCAUCAACGACAGGAUAGGGACAUUGAGGGAUAUUGUCUCCAAACACUUCAGAGAUGAUAAGAAAGUUCAAAAGUCGGCAGUUCUACAAAAGACAAUUGAUUACAUUCGUUAUCUUGAGAACUCCAACAGGAAACUGCUUGAAGAGAACAGAGCAUUAAAAACACAGUUAAUGAAACAAGGAAGCCAGUCAGUACUAACGAAUGGUCUAAGCUCCAAUCAUUCUCCUUUGUCAUGGAGUGAUCCUUCUGAUGAUGGACACCCUUCAUCACCUGAUGUCUUCCUUAGUGACACUAGUCCAACAGCCAGCCCGCCCCUCCCCUUGUCCCCUCGUUAUAGUUCAGUCCUCAAGUUGGGUGGACGUAUCUUCAUGUGUUUCAUGUUGGUCAUGUGCUUUAUGGUAGACCCUCUCUCUCUCAUCGGAGGAGGAGGGGGUGUGGUCAGUAAUGGAGGCGUGUCCCACGGCUCCCAGAGGACCCUUAGCUCCAUUGACAGUGAGGGAGAGGAGUUUAACUUUAGCUGGUGUCUGGUUUGGGGCCUCAGACUGUUCUUUGCUGGUCUGUGCUUUGGGUGGGUGUGGCUUCACUCUCUGCCAGCUGUUAAUCCAGAGUGGGAGGGAGUGAGGUACUGGAGACUGAGGAAACAAGCAGAGAAAGAUAUUAAAAAUGGUGAUUUCUCGUCUGCUCAAGUUCAUCUAGUGUCAGCUCUCACUGAAGUUGGCCUGUCCCUCCCCACCAGCUACACUGGGCUCACCCUAUCACUAUUAUGGAAUGGACUCUCUCACGUGCUCUUUCAACUUUAUGUUGGUCAGCUUUUGGUUGGUUUUGUAUCUUUUGUGUUCUCUAAAUUUAAUAAAGUAUCUUCAAGUCAACAAAAAUGUCUACACAUUGUUAAGAAUGCUGACGUGGCAAAAACCAAACACCUCCUUCAUCAAAUAAUACUCUCAGGUUAUGAUGAGCGCUCCAUGCACGGGUUAGGGUUCUAUCUGGGGCUCACGGCUCUUAACUAUGGAGAGGUGGAGAGAGAGAGUUUCUCUCGUGAGCAGUGGGCGGAGCUACUGUUUGUAAUGGGAGUGCAGUGUCAAUACUCGUGUGCCUGUAUAGCCUCACUAUUAGCACAUUAUUAUUUCUUAUGUGCUGGUAACAUGAGUGGUCUGUUGUCAUUCAUCAAUACGACUGAUGGUUGGAAUUACCUCAUGAAUAAAGACUGGCUGGCUGACGUACAGUCCGCCAAUAAACUCUACAAAGGAGUGGCUGUGUUUCCUAAAUAUUCAAUCACGCGAAGUUACUGCAAGUAUCUGUUAACUGAUGCUUAUCAGGAGCUGCUAACACCCAGCGAGGACCCAGCCUCCCUUGUAGAAACAGAGAAGGUUUUUAAAACAGUUCUGGCUGUGACGAGACGUGCCAAUGGACAUCUACUGGAGGAUAUGAAGUUAUUAAUUGAAGAUAUACCAACGUUGAGUGAUACUGCCUUGUCUCGUGGGUGUGGUUUUGAGUCUUUAAUGUGGUGGGCGUCGGUCGGACUAGUAUCCUGUUCCUGGAGGAGUGGGUCUAAAGGAGAUGAUCAUUAUCCCAUUGUUGAAGAUAUUUCUAACGGGAGUGGCCCUAUUCCAUCAGUAUUACAUUUAUCAUUCAAGGCUCAGAGGUUAUACAAUCACUCAUCAGUGGCUCCUCCUUUAGCUGUCAUUAAUCAGUUGUGUUCCACUGCUAGUCAAGCACUCAAGAUUUGUAGACAAGAUCUCUCAUCAGAAGAUACCUUGAACCUUUUUGGUCUCUUCCUUGCCUGCGACUGGCUCCUCGAGCUAAGGUACAAGGUGUGGAAGGAUAAUGCUAAUAAAGAGGAGACUGACCCACUCCUAAUGAGCUCCAUAGUUAAAGGAUACUCUCAAGACAUUGAAGUCCUCAAUGAACUAACUGUACACCUUCCACUGGCCUUUACUCAAUUGAGGAGGUAUAAAGGAUAUCAAAGACUAAUUACUGGGGGUAACCCCCUCCUGGCUGAUACCUUCCUCACCCCAGGGACUGUUCACAAGAGACUAGUGUCUACGUAACAGCUGGACUCAUUAUUAUUAUUAUUAUUAUUAUUAAUUAUACGAAGCUUUUCAUGAACUAUAAA